UGUUGUUGUGAUGCAUUUUAAUUUAAGCACUGACAUAAUUGUAUUGUUCACCAAGUUUUGUUUGAACGGUGUGUUUUUGUUGAUUGUGCGAAGUUACUUUGUUAUAUUUAAGUGGAUAAAUAUAUAGUGGAGAGCAGCUAAGACGAGAUAAUGAAAUUGGAGAAAUCUAUAAUUAAAUCUGGUGUUUAGUAAUGAAUUCAGUGAAAUAUAAACCAAUUAGCUUUGUUAAAACAUGUCAAGUUGUUGAUCCUGUACGAUCACUUUUCAAAUCAUAAUCUCAUUAAAGAAACUUGUGAGGAUUUUUUUCAAACACAAAACAAUGCAUAUCAAUUAUAAUUGAAAUUGCACACACACAGAAUACUUACACACACACCCACAGGGAUAAAGCCCAUCCCGUAUGUAAACAUCAAUGAGUAACCUUUACAAGCUUUCUUAUGGUCGGUCACCUCAGCAGCUGAUCUGGUGUUGCAGUGAUCAUUUGGGAGUUUGAAGCGAGGAUUUUCUAUUACAUAAGCAACACCACAUCAUUCCUGAACUUUGGAGAAAGCUCACUGUCUGGCACAAGAUUCGGGCUCAAAUAGAAAGGACGGCUAUUUUCUUUAAAGAUCCAAUUCCACGUUGGGAGAAUGAUAAAGCAAGUGUUGAUUGGGAUUCUGUAUGGCGCUGCCGUCCUGACCGCGGGUAUCCUAAUCGGCCACUAUGGCAUCACUAAGGGCAACGGCUCCGCGCCGUCCUGGGUGAAUGAGGUGGCGAAGGAUGUGGACGAGAGCCUCAUUGAAAAGUUUCUGUCUGAAGUGGACAACAUCGAGAUUCAGGAAAACCUCCGGGAGCUGACCAAAGUGCCCCAUAUGGCCACCACAGCUGGAGACGAGCAGACAGUACAGUUAAUGCUGAAGAGAUGGCAGGACCCCAAAACGGGUCUGGACCAGGCCUGGAGAGAGGAGUACAUGGUCUACCUGUCUUUCCCUGACCCCAAGAAACCCAACAAGGUCACCGUAGUGAGCUCCUCUGAUGCCGUGCUGUACACUGCGAGAGAGAAAGAGAAAAGUUAUACUUCGGACCAAGAUGACCCUGAGGUUGUGCAACCAUACGCUGCAUACUCCCCUGCUGGACAGCCAAAGGGGAAACUGGUGUACGCCAACCAGGGGAAACCAAGCGACUACCAGAUGUUGAACGAGACACUGGACCUGAGAGGAACCAUCGCAAUCACCAGAUAUGGAGGAGAAGGAAGAGCUGCUAAAGCCAUCAAUGCAGCACCCUAUGGAAUCAUUGGUGUGCUUGUCUACUCAGACCCUUUGGACAUCAAUGAUGGUCUCAUGUCGGACAGCAAUGAGACGUAUCCUCACUCCUGGUACAUGCCGCCGUCUGGUGUGGAGAGAGGUUCAUUUAACACUCAAUAUGGAGACAUGCUCACACCCUACCUGGCUGCCAAAGAGGAAACCUACAGAAUUCCAGUCGAGGACAUCACUGGGAUUCCUCCUAUUCCAAUUCAACCAAUCGGAUUUGAGGAUGCCUACAGGCUAAUCUGUGAGCUAGGUGGAACAGCAGCUCUCGUUUCAUGGCAGGGAGCGUUCAACUGUACCUACAACGUUGGCGGUCCAGGGUUCAAACCAACAUCUAUUUUCAACAACAGUGACGUGAAACUGGACAUCUUCAACUAUGAAGAGUUGAAGAACUCGUCCAAUGUGAUGGGAGUUAUCAGAGGGAGUGUUGAGCCAGACAGGUAUGUGAUCUAUGGGAACCACAGGGACAGUUGGGUCCACGGUGCCAUCGACCCGAGCAGUGGGACGUCGGUUAUGCUGGAAUUAACCAGAGUGCUGGGCAUGAUGGUGAAGCAGGGCAAAUGGAGGCCUCGCAGGUCCAUUAUCUUUGGGAGCUGGGGAGCGGAGGAGUUUGGCCUUCUUGGGUCUGCAGAAUACACAGAGCAAUACUUCACAAAGCUCAGUGAGCGAACUGUUGCUUACAUCAAUGUGGACAUAGCUGUUUUUGCCAACGCCACUCUCAGGGCUUCUGGGAUGCCGUCACUUCAGAACGUCAUCUUCAAAGCUGCGAAACAAGUCUAUGCACCUGGACUGGACUCCACAUCUGUGUACGACAACUGGAUUCGAUAUGCCAACAGGACGAGCUCGGCCCACGGACCCAUUCCCAAGGUGGGAUACUUGUCAGGAGCAGGGAGUGAUUACGCUGCUUUUGUCCAUUACCUGGGAAUCACUUCCAUGGACAUCUCGUACACAUACGACAAGAGUAAAACGAAUGCUCGGAUAUACCCAGCGUACCACACGGCAUACGACACGUUUGACUACGCUUCAAAGUUCAUUGAUCCUGGAUUCGUCAGUCACCAGGCCAUUGCCAGGAUGGCAGGAAACGUCCUGAUCCGGCUGGCUGACAGCCUGGUGUUGCCAUUAAACUGCAGUGACUACGCAGAGACUCUGGAGGACUACCUCAACACAGCAGUCACCCUAUAUCAGCCCAAUCUGCAAGCUAAGGGCGUCUCCAUGGAACCACUCAAACACGCAGUGGCCAGCUUUCGCAGUGCGGCUACCCAUUUGGACCGGGUGAUUCACAGGUCCGACCUGGCAAAUGAAACACCUCUGGCGGUCAGAAGGAUCAAUGACCAGCUCAUGCUGCUGGACCGAGCCUUCUUGGACCCGCUGGCCUUCCCAGAUAAAUAUGCAUUCAGGCAUGUUAUUUGGGCCUCAACUAGUGCCGGCCAGCCAACCUUCCCGGGUCUGGCUGAUGCCUAUGCCAGCGCGGAGUCAUCAGGAGAAUCCAGCGCCUGGGCCAAAGUGCACCACCACCUGUCAGUCCUGAGCCAGGCCAUCGAGGGCGCUGCCCACACACUGGUUGAUGUCAUCUAGACGAAGAGGAGGAAAGACUAAGGGACUGUCCUCGCUAUGGGAAUUUUUAGUUUUUGUAAAGACAGGGACCUGCAGCCAAUGAGCUUGGCCAUGACCAGAGCAUGGAUGAUAUAAAGUGAGCAAAGCUCAUUGUCAAACAGCGACAUGAAUGGUGUCUUCCAUCUUUGUCACGGGAUUAGAAUGAUGCAUGUUUUUAUAUUACAGCUCUUCACUUCAGAUGAGCCGUAAAUGCAGUCGUACUUUAUUUUUAUGUGCACACCAACUGUUCAAAUUAGCUUACACUACAGAUUUAAAGUACCUGUUUUCCCUGCAGAUACUAAGACUUUCCACAUCGUGUGAACAGCAGGAAGUACAACAAAAACAAUAAUUGAGAAAAAGCCAAUAUAAUUGAAACAAUGAUUGCGAAUGACAUGAGACAUUAUCCACCACAAUAAAACACAGUACAAUCCAUAAUCUUGUCAUGUAUUUAUAAAAGGAAAAAAAGCAGUCUUUGGUUUCUUUACAACUUUAAUGACCAGCGCUUACAUUUUUGGUGAUGUCUGAAAAGUUAUCUUAUGGCAAAUACCCAUGUAUUCAUAAUUAACAUGUAUAGGGUGUUGACAAGAACAAUGUUGGUAUUAUGUGAUCGUAAAUAACUCCUCAAUGGAGUUAUUUACGGUGACGCUGAGAGUGACGAUGACAGUAUAGAUAACAGCAACAACGCUGAAGUUCCUGAAGAAAAUCCUCUGCCUGGUCCAUUCAGAAAAAGUACCAGAAAGACUAACAGAUGCGAAGUAGAAGAGACUGACGAGGAGCAGGAGGAGAAGGAUCCACGUCAAGGCAGAUCUAGAAAGAGGUCGAGGGAGAAUGUUGAAGAAGAGGAUAAACCCGCCAGGAAAUGUAAACGUUAAGAUGAGAGAUAGUUGUAAAGAAUAUAUAUUUUAGCUUAGCACAGCCUAGUAUUGUUUGCAUAAAUAUUAUGUGUAAGAUGGAAAACACUGAAUGGAAGUUAAAAUCUCCAGCAGAGCACUCUGGCGCCUGACUGAUCUAAAGAAAGAUAACAGUGACA